AUGCCUGGCCCCCUCAGCUUCUACUCAAACUCCAGCUGCACCCCCAGCAGGAUUCCCUGGCAACAGCAGCUGGUGGCCUGGGCUCUCCUGCAGAAGGCUGCAGCCAUCCUCUGGCUCCUGCUGCUGCUCGGCACCUCCCUGUCCCCCACAUGGGGACAGACUGGGAUUCCUCUGGAAACAGUGAAGCUGUGGGCAGAUACCUUUGGCCAGGACCUAUAUAACACCGUGACCAAAUACUCAGGCUCCCUGCUGCUGCAGAAGAAAUACAAGGACGUGGAGCCCAGUCUGAAGAUCAAGGAGGUAGACGGCCUGGAGCUGGUGAAGAAGUUCUCAGAGGACAUGGAGAACAUGCUAAGGAGGAAAGUCGAGGCUGUCAAGAGUCUCGUGGAGGCUGCCGAGGAGGCCGACCUGAACCACAAAUUCAACGCCUCCCUGGUGUUUAACUACUACAACUCUGGCCUGGUCAACGAGCGAGAUGAGAAGGGCAACUACGUGGAGCUGGGUGCCGAGCUCGUGCUGGAGUCCAACGCGCACUUCAGCAACCUGCGGGUGAACACGUCUGUCAGCAGCGUGCAGCUGCCCACCAACGUGUACAAUAAAGAUCCAGAUAUUUUGAAUGGAGUCUACAUGUCAGAAGCCCUGAACCCUGUUUUUGUGGAGAACUUCCAGAGAGACCCGACAUUGACCUGGCAAUAUUUUGGCAGCUCAACUGGAUUCUUCAGAAUCUAUCCAGGUAUAAAAUGGACACCUGAUGAGAAUGGAGUCAUUACAUUUGACUGCCGAAAUCGCGGCUGGUACAUCCAAGCUGCUACUUCUCCCAAGGACAUAGUGAUUCUGGUGGAUGUGAGCGGCAGUAUGAAGGGGCUGAGGAUGGCCAUUGCUAAGCACACCAUCUCCACCAUCCUGGACACCCUAGGAGAGAAUGACUUUGUUAAUAUUAUUGCGUACAAUGACUAUGUCCAUUACAUCGAGCCUUGUUUUAAAGGGAUCCUCGUCCAGGCAGAUAGAGACAACCGAGAGCAUUUCAAGCAGCUGGUGGAUGAGCUGAUGGUCAAAGGAGUAGGGGUCGUGAACCAAGCCCUGAGCGAAGCCUUCCAGAUCCUGCAGCAGUUCCAAGAGGCCAGGCAAGGGAGUCUCUGCAACCAAGCCAUCAUGCUGAUCACUGACGGGGCUGUGGAGGACUAUGAGCCAGUGUUCGAGAAGUAUAACUGGCCAGACCGCAAGGUUCGAGUUUUCACUUACCUCAUCGGGAGAGAAGUCACUUUUGCUGACCGCAUGAAAUGGAUUGCAUGCAACAAUAAAGGCUACUACACGCAGAUCUCCACACUGGCGGACGCCCAGGAGAACGUGAUGGAGUACCUGCAUGUGCUCAGCCGGCCCAUGGUCAUCAACCAUGACCACGACAUCACCUGGACAGAGGCCUACAUGGACAGCAAGCUCCUUACCUCACAGGCCCAGACCCCAAUGCUGCUCACCACUGUGGCCAUGCCAGUCUUCAGCAAGAAGAAUGAGACGCGGUCUCAUGGCAUUCUACUGGGGGUGGUGGGCUCUGAUGUGACCCUGAGAGAGCUAAUGAAGCUGGCACCUCGGUACAAGCUCGGAGUGCACGGGUAUGCCUUUCUGAACACCAACAAUGGCUACAUCCUCUCACACCCUGAUCUCCGACCCCUGUACAGAGAGGGGAAGAAAUUGAAACCCAAGCCUAAUUACAACAGUGUGGAUCUCUCUGAAGUGGAGUGGGAAGACCAAGCCGAGACGCUGAGAACAGCCAUGAUCAACCGGGAAACAGGCUCGCUCUCCAUGAAUGUGAAGGUUCCGCUGGACAAAGGGAAGCGAGUCCUUUUCCUGACCAAUGACUACUUCUUCACGGACAUCAGUGACACCCCUUUCAGCCUAGGUGUAGUGCUGUCCCAGGGCCACGGGGAGUUCAUCCUCCUGGGGAACACGUCUGUGGAAGAAGGGCUGCACGACCUGCUCCACCCGGACCUGAGCCUGGCCAGUGACUGGAUCUACUGCAUCACGGAUAUUGACCCUGACCACCGGAAGCUCAGCCAGCUGGAGGCCGUGGUCCACUUCCUGACCCAGGAGGACCCAGCCCUGGAGUGUGAUGAGGAGCUGGUGCAGGAGGUGCUGUUUGAUGCAGUGGUGACGGCCCCCAUGGAAGCCUACUGGACAGCGCUGGCCCUCAACAUCUCUGAUGACACUGAGUAUGAGGUGGACAUGGCCUUCCUGGGCACCCGAGCCGGCCUCCUAAGAAGCAGCUUGUUCGUGGGCUCUGAGAAGGUCGUCGACAGGAAGUUCCUGACACCUGGAGACGAGGCCAGUGCCUUCACACCGGACCGCUUCCCACUGUGGUACCGCCAGGCCUCCGAGCAGCCUGUGGGCAGCUUUGUAUUCAACCUGCGCUCUGCAGAGGGACCAGAAAGUUCGGGUGAGCCAGUUGUGGUGACAGCAAGCACAGCUGUCGCGGUGACAGUGGACAAGAAGACAGCCAUUGCUGCAGCGGUGGGUGUCCAGAUGAAGCUAGACUCCCUCCAGCGCAAGUUCUGGGCAGCGACACAGCAGUGCAGUGCUGCGGACGGGCCGUGCCCAAAGAGCUGUCAGGACAGUGACAUGGACUGCUUCGUCAUAGACAACAAUGGGUUCAUUGUGAUCUCCGAGAGGUCCCAAGAGAUGGGAAGAUUUCUGGGGGAGGUGGAUGGUGCUGUCAUGACCCAGCUGCUCGGCAUGGGGGUGUUCAGCCAAGUGACCAUGUAUGACUACCAGGCCAUGUGUAAACCCCCCAGUCACCACCACAGCGCAGCCCAGCCCCUGGUCAGCCCCAUCUCUGCCUUCCUGAGAGCGACCAGGUGGCUGCUGCAGGAGCUCUUGCUGUUGCUGCUGGAGUGGAGCGCCUGGGGUUCCUGGCAUGACAGCGGGGCUGAGGCCAAAGCUGUCUUCCACCACUCUCACAAACACAAGAAACAAGACCUCCUGCAGCCCUGUGACACCGAGUACCCCGUGUUCAUACAUGAUCCAGCCAUCCAGGAGACCAACGGGAUCAUCGAGUGUGGGGCCUGCCAGAAGACAUUUGUGAUGCAGCAGAUUCCCAGUAGUAACCUCCUCCUUCUGGUGACAGACCCCACCUGUGACUGCAGCAUCUUCCCGCCAGUCCUGCAGGAGGCAACCGAAGUCAAAUAUAAUGCCUCAGUCAAAUGUGACAGGAUGCGCUCCCAGAAGCUCCGCCGGCGACCAGACUCCUGCCACGCCUUUCAUGCUGAGGAGAAUGCCCAGGACUGCGGUGGCGCCUCAGAGACCUCGGCCUCCCUGCCCCUGCUCCUGUUGCCUCUGUGUGCCUCGGGGCCACUGCCCCAACUUUUGCGGUGA